AUUUUUUUUUUAUUAAUUUUUUACAUUUUUGGAAGAAAAUGUCUCAAACUGGCAUUCUGGAGUUAGAGAGAUAUAGCAGCAUGGAUAGAUCGAAUCGGCCAAACACUCGUAGCCAGAGCAAAUCCCAGGUCAGGUCUGGAGAAGUCCUCUGCGACUUUUGCACCUCCAAGAAGACAAAGGCUUCUCAGUCCUGCUUGGUGUGCCUGGCCUCGUACUGUCAGGAUCACCUGCAGUCGCACUACACCUACCCUACCCUGAUGAAGCACAAACUGGUUAAAGCGACGGGUCAGAUGAGGGAGAAGGUCUGUGCACAGCACGACAAGCUGCUGGAAGCUUUCUGUCGCUCCGACCAGACGUUGGUGUGCGUUCUGUGCAUGUUGGAUGAACACAAACACCACGACAUCGUCCCGGCUGGAACUGAGAGGACCGAGAAACAAAAACAACUUGGACCCACACUUUACAAAUCUCAACAAAGGAUUGACCAGAGAAUAAAGAAGUGGCAGGAUCUAAGACAAGCUGUUGAAUCCGUUCAGCACUCGGCUAAAACAGUGCAGGGGGAGAAUGAGCGGAUCUUCAAUGAGCUUUUGCAGCUCAUCGAGAGAAAGUACAACGAGGUCAAGGAGAUGGUCCGCUCCCACGAAAAGAUGACCGUGUCCCGGGGUGAGAUUCUGCUGGACCGUUUGGAAGAGGAGAUCACCCUGCUGAAGAAGAGGCACAACAACCUGGAGAAGCUCUCACGCACUGAUGAUCACAUCCACUUUCUACAGAGCUGGCAGUCUCUGUCCGGCCCCUCCGGGUACGAAGACCUGAACAACGUCAGUGUUGCUCCCAAUUACUCCUUCGACGCCACCAAGAGAGCCAUCGCUGCACUGAAGAUCCAAUUAGAAGAAGUCAGCAAAAUCGAAAUGGGCAAAAUCGCAGGAGCAGUGAAGGAAGUGUACAUCACAGAAGAAGCUGAUGCAAGGCCAAGAAGAGAAUCGAUUCUGAGAGCAGAAACAAGGAGCAGGGAAGAAUCAAGUCCGAAUGAAGAACCGAGGACAAGAGAGGACUUCUUGAAAUACUCCUGUCAGUUGACGCUAGAUGUCAAUACUGUCCACCCCAACCUUCACCUUUCAGAGGGAAACAGGACAGUAACGAUGAAAAGUGAACCUAGACACUAUCCUGAUCACCCUGAUCGAUUUGAUCACUGGCAGCAGGUGUUGUGCAGGGAGAGCUUGUCUGGAGCUCGCUGGUACUGGGAGGUGGACUGGCGGGGGACAGAGAUCGACGUGGCCGUCACCUACAGGGGAAUCCGCCGCAAAGGAACCGGGAACGACUGCAGCCUGGGCUGGAACAACAAGUCGUGGAGUCUGUACUGCUCUGACUCCAAGUACACCUUCGUGCACAACAAUAAGAGCACCGAAUUCUCUGCUCCGAUGGCGUCCCGGAUCGGCGUCUAUCUGGACCAUACAGGUGGAAUUCUUGCGUUUUACAGCGUCAAUGACGGCAUGAGACUUCUGCACAGAGUCUACACCUCGUUUACAGAAGCUGUCUACCCUGCUUUUAGUGUGUGGGGCUUUGGCUCCACUGUAAGCUGUAGAGGGGCCUCAGCUUGGUAA